UGGCUCGUGCGUGGGUACAUGGCAAUAUGGCAGUACUAACAACAGUUAUCUACGUUACCUAGCUAAGUAACUAGUUAGCGAAAUACAUUUGGUAAAAAUUAUAGAACAAAAACAUUAACCAUAGGCUUUGCGACCGUCAUUGCUAGGUACUAACGUUAGCCAACUAGCUAGUACAAUAGCUAGCUAACGUUAGCUAGCCAUAACACACGUUGAUGCAAACUGUGACUAACUUUGUUGGUUAGGUAACAUUAACACAACAGAUAAAGUCCACUUUAUCUUUGUUGGUAUGGAUUUUUGAAAAAGAGAAAAAUGGCUAACGUUAGUUAGCUAACCGGUUAGCAAGGCCUACUUGCCGUGUGACACAAAGCAAAAGCAAACCAACACUAGCCAGACCAAGAUUAUAAUAACAUGACAAUGGCACGAGAACAAUCUUAAAUCUAAUGUGUAACAUUUGUUGUACAUUUUCCGCAACGUACCUCUCCAAUUCUUCAUCGCUUAGUAUUUCCAUUUCAGGAUCCAUGGUCACAUCGCAGUCAUCAACCGUCGCCAUUUUGCUGGGACUGAGGAGGGGGGAGGAAUCAGUGAGGGGGGUGAUUGACAGCCAGACAAGACGAUCGAUCACUGAAAAGUUGCCAAGAGACUGAUCAUCAUCAUGGGCAAGAGUUGUAAAGUGGUGGUGUGUGGUCUGGCUGCGGUUGGCAAGACUGCUGUCCUGGAGCAACUGCUGUAUGCCAAUCAUAUUGCGGGCUCAGAGCCCAUGGAAACCCUGGAGGAUAUCUAUAUUGGCUCCAUAGAAACGGACCGUGGCACUCGAGAGCAAGUGCGCUUCUACGACACCCGGGGUCUUCGUGAUGGUCUGGAGUUCCCUCGCCACUACUUCUCCUUUGCAGACGGUUUUGUCCUGGUCUACAGCAUCGACAGUAAGGAGUCCUUCAAACGCAUGGAGGCCCUCAAGAAAGACAUUGACCGCUUCCGUGAUAAGAAAGAGGUGACCAUAGUGGUGCUGGGCAACAAGCUGGACAUGCAGGAGCAGAGGAGUGUGGACUCUGAGGUGGCCCAGCACUGGGCCAAGACAGAAAAGGUGCGUCUGUGGGAGGUGUCUGUGGCAGACCGGAGGACCCUCAUCGAGCCUUUUGUCCACCUGGCCAGCAAGAUGACCCAGCCCCAGAGCAAAUCAUCCUUCCCCCUCAGCCGCAAUAAGAACAAGGGGAGUGGCUCUGUCGAUAGCUGAGGGAGCAGGGGGAUGGAUGCGGGAGGGAGCGAGGGUUGAUGAAGAAUGAGAAAGAUUUCAGGAGACAGGGAGUGAAAGAGUAGGAGAGGAGAAACACAGUAGGCUGAUUAUUAGCCUAUUACAAAUACAGGCAAUUUUAGGUCUGAAUGAAUGUACACUGACUGAAUUAGAAACCAAUGGUUUCUUGGAGAUUUUGACUGAUAUUUAGACUCAUAUUUUACCAUUUAGACUGAUCUUUGACGACAAGUAAAUGACAUCAAAAGUAACACAAAUUGAUAAUCAAGAGGGUUGUUUGUAUCAUGGAGGAUACAUAAGGGAUUCUAUUACUGUUAGUUAAUCAGGAGAUUUGUUACACUACUGGCAUGCCAUCUACUCAGAUGAAAUAUGGCAACUAUUUUAGCAUGGAUGAUCUGCAUUUUAUUUUAAGUUACAGCACAUGAAACAAAUCCAUAUUUUGAAGAAUUAAAAAAACAUUCCUCUAUUCUUUUAGAGAUGUCAGAAAACAUGUUACUGUCUUUUGAGAUCGCUUUGAGUUUUAAAAUGACGUUGUCUAAAGAUUUUAAUUGUUGUGACAGACUAGUAGUCUUAUGUGAUGUCUCUUGGUGAGCAGCGUGUUUGAUGAGCUUCCUGCCUGCUGGACAGGCCCUGAUGUGGCGACUGAGAGAAAGAGGCUUCCCCUGACUGUUAUAUCUAUGGAGCUCUUGACCACAGCCUAAGCAUGCUGAAUUAUCUGUACUUUAUCAGAAACUCCUUACUGUCCUUGAAAACCAUGGGGCGUCCUUGAUCUUUGUUACUGAGCUGUUAAACACAAUGUUGGUCAGACGAAAUGCAAAUGUAUUUCAUUUUCAAAUUGUUUAUCUGACUGAAGCCCUUUAAUGCCAUAUCAGGGUCCAUAGUUAUUGUGCAACAUUUCAUGUGUGUGUCACUGAACAAGAAAGAUGCAUUGGCCUAGUUUGGAUGUAGUUUUUUGCUUUGUGAUUAUUCACAGAUCUUUAUAUUUGUAUUAUGUUUUGACGUUGUGAAUUUGCAUCUUUAUGUCUGUAUUAUUGAAGUGCAUAUUAUUUUCAUGAUAAAUAUUGGGGCAUUUAUACUGAUGCAAUAUAGAGCACAGUAUUAAUCUUUUAAAAUGUUCUGGAGACUGGAUAAUCAUUUGCAUGCCGUGUAAACAAAUUAAAAGAUUCCCUCUGCAUCUAA